AUGCACUCGUUUGCUUCUCUUCUCGCCUACGGCCUGGUCGCCGGCGCCACCUUCGCUUCUGCCUCUCCUAUCGAAGCUCGAGACAGCUGCACGUUCACCACCGCUGCCGCUGCUAAAGCGGGCAAGGCGAAAUGCUCUACUAUCACCCUUAACAACAUCGAAGUUCCAGCUGGAACCACCCUCGACCUGACCGGUCUCACCAGCGGUACCAAGGUCAUCUUCGAGGGCACCACGACCUUCCAGUACGAAGAAUGGGCAGGCCCCUUGAUCUCCAUGAGUGGCGAACAUAUCACCGUCACUGGUGCCUCCGGCCACCUCAUCAAUUGCGAUGGUGCGCGCUGGUGGGAUGGCAAGGGAACCAGCGGAAAGAAGAAGCCCAAGUUCUUUUACGCCCAUGGCCUUGACUCCUCGUCUAUUACUGGAUUAAACAUCAAAAACACCCCCCUUAUGGCGUUUAGUGUCCAGGCGAAUGACAUUACGUUUACCGAUGUUACCAUCAAUAAUGCGGAUGGCGACACCCAGGGUGGACACAACACUGAUGCGUUCGAUGUUGGCAACUCGGUCGGGGUGAAUAUCAUUAAGCCUUGGGUCCAUAACCAGGAUGACUGUCUUGCGGUUAACUCUGGCGAGAACAUCUGGUUCACCGGCGGCACCUGCAUUGGCGGCCACGGUCUCUCCAUCGGCUCUGUCGGCGACCGCUCCAACAACGUCGUCAAGAACGUCACCAUCGAACACUCCACCGUGAGCAAUUCCGAAAACGCCGUCCGAAUUAAGACCAUCUCUGGCGCCACUGGCUCCGUGUCCGAGAUUACGUACUCCAACAUCGUCAUGUCUGGCAUCUCCGAUUACGGCGUGGUCAUUCAGCAGGAUUACGAAGACGGCAAGCCUACGGGUAAGCCGACGAACGGUGUCACUAUUCAGGAUGUUAAGCUGGAGAGCGUGACUGGUAGCGUGGAUAGUGGGGCUACUGAGAUCUAUCUUCUUUGCGGGUCUGGUAGCUGCUCGGACUGGACCUGGGACGAUGUGAAAGUUACCGGGGGGAAGAAGUCCACCGCUUGCAAGAACUUCCCUUCGGUGGCCUCUUGUUAG